GUUUUCUCUCUAAUGAAAGGGGAUGUGGCGAUUAGUGGAUGCUGCUGUUAUUGUCCUCUAGAUGGCAGUAGUGCUGAGCACACAGUUAGCAGAGGCAUUAUCCGAGUAAAAGCUCAGAGCAAGGAAAACUCGUGUGGAGGUUCAGUGCUGAAGAAAUCACGACAACACACUCCAGCUUUUAUAUUGAACCUUCUGCUGCCAGACUGUUUAUCUGACGGACACUUCAGCUGCUUGCCUUUAUUCAGUAUAUAUUGGGGCUCAACUGUAAAUUCCUCUACAGAAGCGAUCAGGAACGCUGGACUUUGUUAUUUCAGCUGAUAUUUCAUACACAAACAGGCCUGAUGGAGGAGACACACCAUGUUAAAAUGAGAGAAAAAACAAAAUCACUGAAGAGAAAAGACAGAAAACGUGUCACCUGCACUCAGUGUGGGAAGAGUCUGGCAAACAAAGAGAAUCUCAAGAGCCACAUGCGGAUCCACACUGGAGAGAAACCAGUCACAUGUUCUCAGUGUGGGAUGAGUUUCAGAGAUGCAUCAAACCUUAGUAGACACAUGUUGAUCCACACUGGAGAGAAAACACACAAGUGUGAUCAGUGCGGAAAAUCAUUUCUGUUGGCUUCAAGCCUGAAUGAUCACCUUAGAGUUCAUGCAACUGAGAAGCCUUCAUGCUCUGUGUGUGGAAAGAGUUUUGCAUACGAAGGAAAUUUAAGAAAACAUCAGAAGAUCCACACCGGUGUGAGAGAGUAUGUGUGCUCUGAGUGUGGGAAGACUUUUAUUACAUCUACAAGCUUACAACAACACCAGAUGAUUCACACUGGAGAGAAACCUUAUAUAUGUUCACACUGCAGCAUGAGAUUUAGUCAGUUUUCACAUCUGAAAAUACACGAGAGGAUUCACACUGGAGAGAAACCGUACAAGUGUUCACACUGCGACAAGAGAUUUACUCAGUUGGGAAGCCAGAAAACACAUGAGAGGACUCACACUGGAGAGAAACUGUACAAGUGUUCACACUGCGACAAGAGAUUCAGUCAGUCAUCACAAAUGAAAUCACAUGAGAGGAUUCACACUGGAGAGAAACCGUACAUGUGUUCACACUGCGACAUGAGAUUCAGUCAGUCAUCACAAAUGAAAUCACAUGAGAGGAUUCACACGGGAGAGAAACCAUACAAGUGUUUACACUGUGACAAAAGAUUCAAUCAGUCAGGAAGCCAGAAAAGACAUGAGAGGAUUCACACUGGAGAGAAACCGUACAAGUGUUCCCACUGCGACAUGAGAUUCAGUCAGUUAAGAAGCCUGCAAAUACAUGAGAGGACUCACACUGGAGAAAAACAAGUGAGAUUCAGUCAGUCAGAAACAUUGAAAAACACACAAGAGUGUCACGUCUGAGAGUAACCUUAACAGAUAUGCAAACUUGCAGUAUUGAUGGGUUGUUCUGGAACAAAUCUUUAAUGUGACUCUGCAGUAACGAGUCCUUUCAGAGUGAUUCUUUCAUUGCUGUAUGUGCAGAUAGGGGAAUAGUUCAAGAGGUCAAUAGUUAAAUCAAUAUUUUUAUCUGGAAGAGCUCAACUCUUUCAGUAUUCACGGCACCCAAAAUGUGUUAAACCCUGUCAAUACACAUUUAAAAGAUAUUAAAGAAUGUUUUGUUCUUUAAGUUUAGGAUAAUUCAUUAAUAUAGAUCGAUUAAAACAUUCUACAAUGGCAGUCCACAGAACCAUUUAUGGGAAAUGUUUGAAAUUUCCAAAUGAAAUGCUGCUGAAAACACAGCAGAAAUCUACCAUUGAUUUACUGUAGUUGUAGUUCUACUGAGUGGUGCGCUUUGGUACAUUUUUAUGGCCGUUUCCACUGUUAAAGAGUACCAAAAGGCGAGCUAGACCCACAGCUGAACGCUAUUGGUUUAUAGAGACACGUCACCAUCGCAUACACAAGCAGAAGAAUUAAAAACAAAGAAACCGCCAUUUUAAAAACACAGCCGAGACAUUACACCAUAAUAAUAUAUACAUAUAAUAACAAGCCAUGGUCGACUCAAGAUCAAAAAGACGUCAUCAUCAUCUUGAUGAACAGCAACAAAGCCAAGAAGAACAAAAUCUGCUGUGUCCUGUCCUGUUGUUGUUUUACGAGCCCGUCUAAAGCAUGAGCGUUUUCACUUUUUCCAGAAAGUUCAUGUGCAUCGCCGCUUGUCUAUAUUAGAAAUCAGGUGUGCGGAUGCGGGAGUUAAUGUUGAAUUUCAGUAAGUAAGUAGGGGAUUUUAUCCACCCUAAAUAAAGCGAUUCCCUUCAAUCUAGUUAAUACUGACUCAUUCAUAAAUUAGUUGCGGCAAAAAUGCUGAUUACCGAUGUAAUUGUCCAUGAAUCUGCUGUAUUAGUGAUUAUAAUUACUUAUCUAUAAAUGGUCUGCAGCAUAAAUAAACCUGCAUUGCAGUGUCAUGCAUUUGAUAAAAUGACAGAGAAAAUGGACAUAAGAUAAUUUUUCAGUGCAGCUAAACACCAGGUACAAAAAGUUCACAUAUUAAGCAAUUUGGCUUUCUGAAUUAAUCCUUAUGAAAACACUAAUAUCACAUUAUUAAUCACAGGCAAAUGAGAAAGAAAUGAUUGAGGAACAGGCAGAGCAGGGUCAGUCAGAUGUACAGUGUCAGGCUGAUUUAUACUUCUGCGUCAAACGCUGACGCGUAGCCCUUCACCGUGGCCGUCGGCGUCACUGACGUGCACCUCUCAAAAAAUGUAACUACACGUCGCAACAACGCGUAGCGCAAGCUCUGUGAUUGGUCGCCUUGGUAGCACUGACGUGUCUGGUCGGGACCCAGAGCCGCGCGAAUGGCGCGAGCGAUUGUUUACAAGUGUGGAGAAAAUGUCUUUUCCUGCAUUGAUUCUGCUUCAGGAGUCAGUUGACUGUAAACAACACAA